AUGUCAGAAAGUUCCAUUUCCUACUGGAAAGAGAAGCAAGCCACGUUGCAUGAUAUUCUCGGUGGGCAGCUCCAAAUAGCAAACACGGAUAUCCUGAAUUCGCAUCGGUUUCUGCAAAAAGCGGUCAAGGCGCAGAACAAGAGCGGCGUUUUGUUUGCAUACGAGCGCUCCGCUGACGUAGGAGCGGGCAUCGGCCGCGUUACUGCCGGUGUACUUCAGAAAUGUUUUAAACAUGUCGACCUAUAUGAACCGGUCGAUCAUCUGCUCCAGGAGGCAAAGCGAUUGACGGAUCAAACCAAGUGUUCCUAUUACUGUUCCAGCAUUGCGCAGUUUAUAAGCAGCGACGCAGUCAUGUACAACUGCGUAUGGCUGCAGUGGGUGCUCAUGUACGCCGACGACACUCAGGUCGUUGCGCUACUUAGCGCGUGCCGUCAGAAACUGCAAAAAAACGGUGUUAUAAUUGUAAAGGAAAACUACUCAGAAUCCAACGAAGUCGAAGUCGACGCAGCAGACUUCUCUACGUGCCGUCCGCUUGCACGAUGGCAAAAAUUGUUCGAACGGAGCCAGUGCAAAAUUUUGCUCUGGGAAACCGUGCCUCAUUGGCCGGACCGACUUUACAAAAUUUUCGCCGCAGCAUUAGUUUUGUGA